UACAGUGCUCUGCUAAUGCAGCAGUUUUUGGUUAUACCCAUUCUUCAUUUCAGAUUUCCUACAAUAAAUAAACUUACUAAGAGGUCUUUGAGCAUGGAUGUUGGAGAGGCAGAAUCAGAGGCAGUUGCCCGAGCAACUUUGCUUGUGGCGAAUAUGCUUCAGCGACCGGACCAGCUACAAAAGGUUGAUCAGUAUAGGAGAAGGGUUCAGCGGAAAAAGGCAUCAGUGGAGGCCAUGCUAAAGACAGCUAUGCAGAGUCAGUUGGAUGGUGUUCGUACUGGACUUGGUCAGUUGCAGGCUGCUUUAAUAGACCUUAGAGAAAUUAAGACCUGUUUGUCAGACAUGGAACAAAGUUUGGUAAGAGUUCCUGAGUUGAGUGAGCGCCUGUACGAGUGCCGUGAGGAAUAUGUUCGACAUUCUCAAUAUGCAGCUGCUAUGGAAAACUUAAAGCACAUUUUUACUGUGCCAGAGUCUGUGGAGAAAACUCACAAGUGGAUCUCAGAGGGAAGAUUGCUGUAUGCUCACCAGUGUUUGAUGGAUCUGGAGAACAGCAGAGAUGACUUGUUAUUUGAGCUGCAUAAACUACCACACCAAAAUCCCAAUGACACAAGAAUGCUUAAGGAAUAUUUUGCUGAUGUCCAGAAGCUUUCAGAUGAUCUGGGUAAACAGGUUUGGGUCAUCCUGCAGCGCACACUCAACACUGUGAGAAAAGAACCUACUCAGAUUGUUACAGCAUUAAGGAUUGUGGAGCGAGAAGAACGUGCUGACCAAUUUGCUCUGCAACGUCAAAAGGGAUCAGGCUUUUUACCUCCUGGUCGUCCCAAGAAAUGGAAGGAAAGAACAUUAACAGUACUUAAAGAAGCUGCAGCAGAGCGUAUAGAAGGAAAUAUGUUUGAAGAUCGAGAAGGAAGUAAAAACUGGCUAAUAAAACAUCUUGAGGUGAUACGUCUGCUGUUGCUUGAAGACAUGAAGGUGAUCAGGUCACUGUGUGUGCCAUGCUUCCCACCAAAUUAUGAUAUCACAAACCGCUAUGUACAGAUGUACCACAAGAGUUUAGCCAAUCAUCUUGUAGAAAUAAUAGAUGGAGGACUGGAGGAUAACGAGUAUGUGUCGCUUCUCUCGUGGGUUCUCAAUGUCUACGGUGGGAAGGAAUUGAUGGGCCAUCCUUCACUCAACAUUGAUGUUUCCAAGUUAGGACCACUCCUGGAUAAUAAGAUUCUGGAUAAUCUUAUAUCUAAGUAUCUUCAGAAUGUAAAUAGUAAUUAUGAUUCCUGGAUGAACAAAGCAUUAGAAAUUGAGGAGAAAGAGUGGUACCGUUCUGAACCUCCACAACAAGAUGCUGAUUCACACUACAAAACAGAACUUCCUCAACUCAUUCAUGAUAUGAUACGUCAGAACUUAGAAGUUGCUGCCACCAUCAGUUCAGACGUUCAGGUCCAGGUGCUGAUAUCUAGCUUGGUGCAGGUUAAACUUUUUGCGGAGAAGUUCAAAACUGCAGUGACACGUUACAAGGCCACUUACUAUGCUGACCGGUCACAGAUCCAGUAUUUCACAACGUACAUCAUAGCUCUAGCUAAUAGCUGUCAAGGGCUAGUCGAUGUCAUGGUAGCAAUCAAGUCCCAGUUUUGGAAGUCUUGUGGGUCUACUGAAAACGAUGCCAAAAUUGCUACUGAGUUUGAUGCUUUGCUUACAGUCUACCAGCGUUUACGAGAUUUGAUGUGUGACCACUUGAUGGAGGAGGCUCUGUUAGACUUAGAGGAGCAGUUCAAUGCCCUCUUGACUACACGAUGGCUUACCAACACUGAACCUAUGGACACCAUUUGUCUCACACUUUCUGACUACUUUAAUGAUUACUCUCAUCUACAUCAAAAGAACUUUGACCAUGUAGUGCAACUAGCACUGAAUACAGUUGCGAUGCGCUACACUUCUGCCAUCUUGGGGAAACGACUAACGCCUAAAACGCAAGAAGACCGAAAGUUGGUAGCUGACCGUAUAACUGCUGAGGCAUUAAAGCUUUCUAGUGUUUUUGAACAAGUUGCACCAGAUCUUGUGAAGUUUGACUCACCAUGCGAAGUGAUGAAAGGAUUGGCUGAAGUGAUAAAAGUAUCAGAUGUUGAGUUCAUCAGCCUGGAGUUGCAUCGAUUAUUACGCAGAUACCCAGAUAUGACAGGAGACCAUCUUACUGCUUUGUUGAUGUUACGAGGAGAUCUAGGUCGCUUAGAUGUGAGGCAGCGUGUGGCAGACAUCAUGGAGGAAAUGAGAACACAACGUGCAGGACCUGCUCCAAAAAGUAUUUUCUCUCACAUCCAUGUCUCAACAUCACUGUUUACUUAAGUACAUCUGAAAUACUAUUUCAGUUGUACUGGUUGGGGAGGUGUACAGUUGUGUAUGGCUGGUGAACUGUGCACUUGUGUACGGCUAGAGAUCUGUGCACAGCCUGUGAACUGUUCACCCAUGUGUAGCUGAUCUCUGCAACUGUGCAUGGCUGGUGAUCUGUGCAUUUGUGUAUGCUUGGUGAUCUGUGCACAUGUGUAUGAUUGGUGAUACUGGUGAUCUGAGCACUUGUGUCUGACUGGUGAUCCUGCACUUGUAUCUGACUGGUGAUCCUGCACUGGUGUAUGGCAUCAUAUAUACAGUUUGUAUUAUGUUGCCACUUCACCUCAAUAUUUCCUGUAUAUUGUAUAAAAUGUACCAAGCAUAAUCAAACAGUUUCAACAAAAUGGGAAAAUAAUAACUUUAGAAUAUUAAUUAGUAAUGUAUUUACAAAAAAUAGCCAUUCAAAAAAAUAUUAUUGUAUUUAUGGAAUUGGCACUGUAUGAGACACAUCUUUUAACUUUUCAUAAAUACUGUCAAAGCUUUAUUUAAUGGACAAUUAAAAUACUUUGUCAGGAUGUUGAAAAACAGUGGACAAAAUUCAUUGUUUCAAUUGUCUGGAUUAAUAGAUUUUUGGAAACAACAGAAAUAAUCCUUUUCCAAUAUUUAUUUUGGAUGCAACAAAUAAAUUUGUAUCCAAAACUGUUGAGUAUUGUUUUGAUCACAGCAAUAAAAUCAAGUUAAACGCUAAACCUGAAGAAGUCAUAGAGUGCUGUGAUCUUAGCAAAACAAUCUUAUUAAUUGGAUUUAAUGGAUAAUUGGCAUUAUUUGACAUCCUCUUCCUCUAUUACAAUAGUUUGUUAAAUCAAGGUUUGGUAAAUAAAUUGCAUUUUUUUUUUUAACAUUGGCCAUUUCCUACCAAGGUAAGGUGAUCCAAAAAUGGAAACAUUCAUUAUCACUCAUUUAACAGCUUUAUUUCCAGAAGUGUGAAGAUAUUACAGUUCAAACAACCCUCUGAACUGCAAUAUUUCGACCCCUCCCUCAGUAUGCAGGCACUACUUCCCACCUCCACCAUCUGUUUCCCUUAAUCUUUUUAGCUUGUAUGGGUCAUACAGCACACAGCCUAUGUUUUCUUACAUGAUAAUUUACUAUAUGAACUGUGAUUCACCAUUGCCAGCUCAGCUUGAACUUACGGUGGUGUUGAAAAGCCCUUGGAUUUGGUACUAUGAUAUAUAAUAUAAUCCAAGGAAAUGCAGGAUAAUUCCAGUUCCUUGGAUCAAGAGCCCUCUCACUAGCAUCAGGGCACCUCCUUCAAGGGAAUAUAUUAACAAUAACCUCCCCCCUUCUUUGAAGGGGAGUGCAUUGCUGCUGCUGAUUAUUAUUAUUAUAAUCAAAGGGGAAGCGCUAAACCCGUAGGAUUAUACAGCGCCCGGGGGGGGAUGUGGAAGGCAUUCAGGCUUAAUUCAGGGAACUGGAGCACAGUUCCAGUUCCCUAAAUCAAGAGCCCCUCACCAACAUUUGCUGCUGCUGAAGGGCUCUGGAUCUAGGGAAUUGGUCUUCACUUCACCCUUCCUUGGUGUUAUGUGACCUCUACAGGUUUAAUGCUUCCCCAUUAUCAUCAUUCAUUUUUUUUUCUCUGCUGUAACUGAAUAUCACAUAGAUUUAGUGCUUUCCAUGAAUAUAAUAAUACAAUUAAAUAAUGUAACUUUGUCAUGAGGUGACAUUGAGGUCUUUAGUGCGUUUCUCAGAAAAAAGUUGAAUUUUUCCAAGAAUACAGUAUUAGUAUAGGUAUAAGAAGACAACACAAACCAGUGCUUUUUUUUUUUAUAUUUUUUUGUUAUACAAGGUGUUGCUAUAUAAAACAAAAUAAAAUCAGUUACAUAAUGUACUAAAUUCAGUCAAACUGGAACAGUUUUCUUUUGUAAUUAAUAUCCUAACUUCUCAUUCAGUUUAGUGCGUCCAUCUCCAGACUGCUGCUCUGGUGGGAUCCAGGUGUCAUAAUUAGGAUUGUCAUCAUCGUAAUAUCUGCUUUUCUUUUCAUACCUUUUUUUUGUUCCCGUAGGGCCCUGUACAAAUAAAAAUAUAUACUGUAUUCCCAAAUCCAGAUACAUAUAUUAAAAACAACCACCACAA